UUGAAGGUUUUUGUGCUGGAUUUUAAUUGUCACGUCAUGUUUGUUAAUUGUGUAAAAUUGUGUAACAUGAUAUCAUUAAUACCUGAAACAUCUCGUUCCCUCAACCUUACAUGAUGUUGGUUAAGAGCAUCGCAAAAAUGGACGUACACGCGUUUCUGUACGGUGUUCUAGUGUUUCAGACAAUACUGCAUCUAUCGACAGGUCGAGGGAAAAUGGUGGAACCGCCCCAGCGGUCUAGUCUUUGGAGGCACGAGGAGUGGUAUGGUAAACCAAUGGUAGCGACAAAUACUGACGACGGAGGUCUGAACUGCGGGGGAUACUGGAAAUUGCACGAGGUUAACCACCAUCGAUGUGGUUUAUGUGGAGACGCGUUUGACAACAAAGACCGACCUAACGAAGCCGGGGGAAGGUUCUCCCAAGGAUAUAUAGCUCGCACUUAUUAUCACGACAAAAAUAAACUUAUUGAUGUAACCGUAGAUAUCAAAGCGAAUAUUGGCGGGUAUUUUGAGUUUCGACUUUGUCCUAAUAACGAUAUACAUAAGAAAAUUACUCAGGAAUGUUUAGAUAAAAAUCACCUUGUCAUUAAUGGGUACGGAUACAGAUUCUAUGUGGAAAGAGAUUCAGUGUAUGAUCUUCAACUAAAGAUUCCAGAGGAUCUCACCUGUACUCAGUGUGUUCUGCAGUGGAAGUGGAAAGGAUCCCACUACUGGGGUAUGUGUGACGAUGGAUACGGAGGUAUUGGUUGCGGAGACCAGGAGGAAUACUACAAUUGUGCAGACAUAGCGAUCCUCGCCUCCAAUGAAACUCGGAAUAUAACCAAUACUACCAAUGGAACGAGGAUACACGACACACAGGAUCCGCGGAUCCAUGCAUGGAAUAGUGGAGUUACCAAAAGUCCAGUUCAAGAUGCGACAACGCAAGGUUCAUGGGAUUCGAAAAAUGCGAUUUCAACCCCGUCUUGGUUGCAAGACAUGAUGCUUGUUGCAAGCGAAAUGGGGAAGCCGCGUAAGGAAAAGAAACAUGAAAAACACAAGCAUACAAAAUCUAAGUCAGUUACGGUCUCUGGCGCUAUACCCGUGUUGAAUCUGCCAAAUAUUACAGCUACAUCUAUUCCUGUUCAUAAUAUAACAACUCUACACGGAAAUGAUACAUAUCAUAACGUUACGUAUACGAUCGGAAAUAGUACUGAUCAAGAGGUAAACGUGACAGAAGUUGGGAAAGGAGUAUCGCAAAGUUCUCUUAAUGAAUCAGCUGUUGACACGGAUAAUUUUGACCUUAGUCUCACGAAUAGCUCUAAUGAUGUAGACGUUCAGGGACGUGGAGAGCAUAAUUCAUCCCAUCAAUGGGUGGACCUGGACUCGAGUCUGAACAGUAUUCAAAAUCCUGAUACUGGGUCCCCUGUAGUCAAAGGUAUCCCGAUAUCUGACGUAUUUCUUCAGAGUAAUGAUAACGCGAAAAUGCCGACAGAAAAUGAACUUCCUUGGGUAAAUUCUGUUGUUAUGAAUGAUAAUUCUCUGGCAUGGAAUCAAGAUGUCCAAGGCGUGCCAAAUGAAAAAGAAACAAAAACAUUCUGGGCCGUCUCAAAUGUUGCUGGUUCUAAUAAUCCUAAACAGGACCAAUUCGAUGUACAGAACAAUAAUAUGAAUAACAACAUAGCGCAUACAUCUGAUGUGAAUAUAGAAAGUAUUCCUGUCACAUCCCUACCUGAAAAACGAGGAAAAGCUACGACAGGCACAUUAUUCAACCUUUAUUCAACUACAACUGGCGCUGUAAGAAGUACACAACAACCCACGGCUAUAACCACAACUGAUAUUCCUCAACCAGAACAGUCCUCGGGUACAACUUUCCGAAAGCGUAUCGGCUCACCAGGGAUACCUAUUUUUGCAAAAGAUUUCAUGAAUAUAAUGGGACAGGGAACUUUAUCUCCAUCUCCACCUUCAUCCACGGUAGAUAUCCUAAUACCGAACUCCACGGAUAGCCCAUCUUCUACUGUAACUGAACAUGAUGUUAAUGUUGCCUACCCACCAACGGGUAUCACAACAUUUAGUACGGAACCAACGGCUAUCACAACUGACUCAACAACUGACGUAACAAGGGACGUAACAACUGACGUAACAACUGACGUAACAAUUACCGACGUAAUUUCAACGAAGCGCCCCAAGCUUAAAUCUGCUAUCGACGAAUUUACCAUUAAUACUGAAAACAUGCCCCACAUUCUUAAUGAUGUAACCGCCCCCGUAAUAAUGACGAUGCCGACACAGUAUGUAACUCCGCCUCCACAUCUUUCCUCAACAUUAAGUUCUGUCCCAGAGGCCGAAGUUGGAAGUACAAUAUCCAUACCGACGAACGAAACUGAAAAUGCAAUUUUUGAAUCAUCAAACAACACUGUUCUAAACCAGACAAAUUUGACAAAGGAGUCUGUAACUAAUGAAAAUGGAUUAACAACGAACAUAACAGUCGACCAAACAAAUGAUUUAUACACUAACAUGGAAAAUACUACAAGCAUCCCGACACAAAAUGAUAAAGAACGAGUAACGGGACAAUCAACCCAUACCGAGUCACCCCAGUCUACAAGUAUUACCGAAAUGCAGCUCCAAACACCUGAACGUAAUACAACCGCUGACGCGGGUAUUGAAACUACGUCGAAAGGAAUCAUAUCUGAUUUUGAGAUAAGUACGAUUUACACUGCGACCAAAGAACCAUUUCAGUUAACUCCGACUAGCACUCCCAAUUACGUUGCUGAUACUUUGAUAACUGCAGAUGGCGGGAAGGAAGGAAAUGUAUUUCUAAGAAAAGAGAACAACCCGGAUCUGUUGAUGCAAAACGUUACAGAUGUUUUGAAAAAAAGCUCACGAACCGGAAAUCUCCAAUGGAUUUUAACAGGGCACAUGGUCGAUACCAAGGUCGGCGUUGCAGGUAUUCCCAUCCCCACGUUCAAUCCCGACCAAAUGGGUGGAACGUCUGGAAAGGUACAUAUCCAUACGAAUGAAGCUAAAGUUAGAGCGUCCAUCAUGCAGACUUAUCGACCAAGAAAUAAAGCGGAGAUAGCCUUGAAGCCUAAAAACUUUUCAGCACAAAAUAAAUCCGCGUAUCGCACCAAUAUGUUUACAGGUCCGUCAAAUAUAAAGAACAUUCCAACGACUACUGAAAGUUUCAUAAUGUCAAAAAAUCCUCAGCGAAUAACAGAUUUGUCGGCAAACACUGGGUUUGAUAACCAACCGAAAUCCUCACCAUCUGGUACUUUCGAUUCGAUUUCUAAUGCUGGCAUGAAAGAAAAACCCACGCCGACAAGCGACAUUUAUCUGAAGCCGGAUAUGAUUUUACCACGUGGCAGUAUUUCAUUCAAAACCAGCAGAAAUAAGAGUGGAAACAAGGGUUCAAAUAAUGAUCCCGGUUUUCUGAAUAAUGGACAACUUUCGUUUGGCGGACAAGAUAUAAUUGAUGCAGGGAGAACAGUUGGGAUACCUCUCAGCCAGAUCAGGCCAGGUAAUGGAGGUAUCUUGUCAGACGGGAGGCAAAUCAUUUCCGGUUUAGAUUUUGUCGACACUGACCUACAAUAUGAAACUGGAAACAGAACACUUGCUAUGUCACUUGUCGGAAAUACGGUCAAGGGGCCUUCCAGACCAGGGUCGAUGACAACUAAUACUAAGAUGGCGUCAAGUCAGGCAGCAAUAGCAAAUCAACAACCUGUGGCAAUGAGACAAAUUUCGCAAGAAACACCAAUGGAUAAAAUAGGUGGGAACUCGUUUAUGCAUCCUCCACCUCCCAGUGAACAGUUGAGCAUGCAACCGAACCAGAUUAUUGAGGAAAUCAUGGGAAAUUUAAGGCCAGGGCAACGUUCAAGGUCCAACCAAAGGCAAUUAGGUUAAAAAAAGGAUUUAAAAGAUAAGUUUAGGUCAAUAACAUUUCAUGCAUGUAAGAAAAUAAUAAUACAAAAUCCAGUCGACGACAAAAUACUAUCAAUGUCACGACUGACUUUUUAGGAUGUAAAUGAUACAGUUUUUUUCAUAUCAUAUCUUGUAUGCGUUGCUUGCUACCUUUUCUAUCAGCAGAAGACUAGAAGGAUACUUUAAGGAUUCGGUCAUGUUGAUUAAUGUAGAAAAAGUGAAUUUUGGACGAAAAUUGUGAAAGUAAAUUUCAGCAAAUCUGCGGCUUUUAUUUAGGAAAAUAUUAAUUUGUGCUUCCCGGAUUUAAAGAUAUUUUGUGAACAUAAGAUUUGACAUGCUGAAAAACAUUUCAAUUGCUAUGCAGAUUUUAGCAUCUGACACCAAAUGAAUGUUUCCCUUUAUGUUUUUUAAUUAUUAUUUUGUUUUUAAUCCAAGCUCUGGAUUCCGAGAAUUUCAACCUAAAACGAUUAUAAUUGGGAUUCCCAGAAAUAACUUAGAACUCCGUUAAUUCACAAAAAAACAUUAAAUGAAAUUAACUGGGUGAAUUAGCGGAAAAAAGAAGCGCGGCGACAUGCUAUUUUUAUUUUGAUAUUAUUUUCUAAUUAAUUCCCAUCUUAAACCCCCACAAAGAUAUUCUGAUUUUCAUCAGCCAUUUAUAUCAAUCACAACAUUCUAUGUAGUUGUUACUUGAUAUCAAUUUCAAGCAAACAGAGUUGAACUUGCAUAUAGUGUAGAGUUUACCGUGUGUUUUCCAAACAAAAAUAGAAGUUCCAGUGUCCUGUUAAUUCAUGGAAAAGAAUAACGAAAUUCAAAUAAGAAUAUUUACGGAAAUAACCGUAUAUUGGUUGAAAAUUUCCUGCUUUCAAAACAUGUAUAUAGGACAAAUAUAGUACUUUCUGUGAAACAGAUUAGAAUUUCUGUAUCAAUAAUAUUAUAUGUGAACAUAUUCCUUCGAGAUUUUAAUUUUUCUUCAUUGAAAAUCCUUAAAAUAAUUGCAUUUGCAGUAUAGAAGUAUAUGGCUAAUGUAUAAUCGGUCAUUUUCAGUAUAUCUGUUUUUAGGGAUUUUUACUUUAUUCUCAAAGAAAAUUAAAAGAAAGUAAUUGCUUAUGCAGCAUACUAUUUACAUGUAUGUUGUAUGAUAGUUGCUGUCAAAGCCUCCGCCAUUUUACUGUAUUCACACUGAAAAUAGAAAAACAAUAUCUUUACCUAUUUGCUUCCAUAGUAAAUCAGUAUAUAGACAUGUAUAUAUUGUAUAAUCUGCUAUUUUAAAUAUAUUUAUUCCUUUGCAUUUUUUUCUUUUUCCUCAAUGAAAAUAAAAAUAAAAUUCUUUAAAACUGGUGUUUCUACAGAAAAUAAAUAUAUGUAUAUUGUAUCAGUUUUUUUUUCUAUUUCUCUGCUAUUUUACUUCAUUACUAUCGAAAAUAAAAAAGGAAAUUCCUUAAGUAGUUGCUACUACAGUAUAUGAAUACAUGUAUAUUGUGAAAUAAUCCAUUGAUUGUAUUCUUUCGUCGUCUUACUUUAUCAUCAAGGAAAAUUAAAAACAUCCCUUAAAAUCAUUUUUUCUACAUAAUCGGCACAUUUUCAGUGAAUUAUUACUUCAAUAUUUUACUCAUUCUCAAUGAAAAUGGAAAUUCUUUGAAAUAACUGCUUCUACCGAAUAAUGUAUAAUCCUCCAUUUUCCUUAUAUGUAUACAUCACGAUUUUUAAUUAAUGUAUCCUCAUUGAAAAUAAGAUGAAGGUUAACUGCUAAAGUAUAACAGUGCAUUGCAUAAUCGUCCAUUGUUAACAUGUGUCACGUCACUGACAGUGAUGUAUGGAUUUCGCCAGGUUGUUGCACCUAUUUUGUUGUAGCUCCAUCUUAUAUUGCAUUAGAAGCGAACUUGACGUUUAUUUAAAGUGAUGAAGAAGUAAUAUUAUGUUGGUAUAAUUCUGAUAUUUAUUGCCAUGAUCGUAUUUGGCGCCUAUAUGUUCCAUGCAUUGUUGCAUUACCCUAAUGUCGAAUUGCGCAAGGAAAAGGAAAUUAAAAUCUCAAAUUCGGUCAAAAUGGUCAUGCGCACUCGAAAUGAUUAUACACAGUUAACUUCAAACCGAUACCUGUCAUCUAUAAAUUAUGUAAAUCGAUUGGAAUAAUUAUAAAUUCACUUAAAAUGAAUUUCGGUUGUGUUGUUUAUGUCACAAUACGUAAGAAAAGUCUGACAUAAUUUAACGUAGAGACGAUUAACAUACCCUGAUCCUUUGUUUUUUAUCUGUCAAUAAAAACAUUAUACACCAUUUUCAAAAUGAUCUUUAUAAAAUGGUAUGUUUGAAACUGUAUGUUUGAAACUAUGUCAUCAUAUGCAAUGUGAUAAAGCAGCUAUGUAUACGUUCAUUUUUUUAGAAUAACACUGAUCGCCAGUUUUCAAUAACACCAUCGGCUUAUAUUAUAUCAUAAUGAAUUUUAAAUAUUAAGGAAUAAAAUUUUAACAUACAUACUGGCAUUAGUUAAAGUGCUUUUUGUUUUCAUUUCAAUAAAAUGACAAGAAUACUGAUUUGUUAAUCAACUACUAGUGAAUAAUUCCGUGGACGACUGAGACAUGUCCUAAAUACAACUCAUAGACACAUAGGGGACGCUUACUGUGGUAUCGAUCAAACAAGCAUGAUUGGUGUUGCAAAAGCAAUACACAAGUCCUACUGGCCCAGAGCAAAGACUUGUAACAGUGACCUUGAACUUGACAAGAAAAAACUUGGAACUUGUUCAUACUGAGGUUACGUACAAACUUUCACAAACAUACCUUCAAGAAUGGCUGAGAAAGGUUAAAACUGAGUGGACAGACAGACAGAGGGACGGGGAGGCAACCUAUAGUCUCUCCGGUUUUACAGUUAGGGGACCAGUAAAGUAGUUUAAGUUAGGAUGGAUCCUUCACGGGUAUCAAAGGUUUAUUUUCAUCAACAGCCUUAAUAAGUAAACUGAUUCCAUAUUCCAGCAGUCUGUUGUUUUUUAACAAAUUCUAUUUUCAUAUAUCAAAUAGCUCAAAAUAUUCAUGGGAAAAUAGGAAUGGUAAUUGUCGUGUGUGUGUUUGUCUCGGACGGUACGUUUUCACUACAAGGACAAUCAUUUGACAUUUGUAUACAUUGUUUGACCCGUGUUUUCUACGAUAUUGAUCUAUCCGUGUGACAUGACAAAGAUAACUGAUUAAAUGCGAUGAAAUCGAUUUCCAUUAUAAUCCAGACAUAUAUAUUUAUUAAUUCACUUCUCAAGGAUUUUGUAGCAGGCCGAUACCUUUAUUAGCACUCUUCCUAUAACUAAUUAAUAUUUUUAUCAAUUACAAUAUCGGGAAACUAAAUCCCGUUUAUCUCUAACAUUUUCCAAUCUUAAAUGUCUUAGAAUACAUGUAUAUUAUACUGUUACACCUUGUCUGAUUCAUAGGAAUGAUUGGAGAAGAGCUGGUUUUAACAUUCGAUAUUAUUUGGAGACCCAUUGCCCAAUAAUUUAACAUCCGAAAAACCUAUUCUUAAUGAUUCACAUACUUCAAGAACCCCCUUUUUAAUCUGAAUUUAAUUCAGGAACAACCCGUCCUAAUCUUAAUACGCAUCAGGAACAUUCAGUUCAUAUUUAAACAAUACCUUUUGUUUGAACAAUACCUACAGACCUUUUGUUUGAACAAUGCCCACAGACCUUUUGUUUGAACAAUGCCCACAGACCUUUUGUUCGAACAAUGCCCAGACCUUUUGUUUGAAGUUCUUGCUGAGAUGUAAGUCUCGACAGACUGAUAACAUUAUCAAUAUCGAUUUAAUUUAGAUUAUAACAUCUACAUCUAGUAUAUUUGAAAGCAUUAGCGACAAAUGUACUCAUUUUUCAUAACAACGUUAGCCUCAUCACAGUGUGUAGUAGAAUUGGGGACUGCGUAACCACGGGUAGUACUCACCACCGUCGGAGUUCUUCUUCUUCUCGUAAUCUUUUAAUUAAACAAUGAUCUAUGUAAUAUUUACAUACAAAAAACGUUGUUAUGGUCUCCUAAAUUUUCAAUGCAUGAACAUUACUCCACAAAUCUGACAAAAUAAAUGUUGUAGAUGGAA